AAGAACCAACGGGAGAAGAUCCUGCUCGCCACUCGCUUUGGUGAAAUCCCGUCUCUCUCCGCGGCUCACUCGCUCAGACGGCCGUCAUGGCGACCGCAGAGAGCCUCUGCUGCGGGGCUAACCGCAUUUAAAAACUCCCUUGGGAUUCACAUUUUCUCUCCGUGCGCCCGGACGUGGAUGUAAUAUCUUCAUUUCAGCUGCGGGAAAUAGUUUGGCUUGGUCAAGCCCGCAUUACCAGAAAAGAGAAGAAGGGUUUUUGCAGUGAACAUCCCAGAGCACCAUGGCAGAGCCAGACCCAGAGAACCUGUCUUCUGGAGCAGGUCAGCGUCUUGGAGCCCCUGAGACUCUUGGCAUCAGUACAUUGGACCCAGGCCACAAGCCCCCGGCCAUGCCCCCUGGGCGACAUGUCACUGUCACGGUCCGUAUGUUGGAUGACACGGAAGAGGUUUUUGACGUCUCGCAAAAAGCGUCGGGCAAGGUGCUAUUUGACCUGGUGUGCUCCCACAUGAAUCUGAUUGAGGGUGACUACUUUGGCCUGGAGUUUCAAAACCACAAAAGCAUGAUGGUUUGGUUGGACCACAUCAAACCGAUUAUUAAGCAGCUUCGACGACCGAAAAACACAACCCUGAGGUUCAGUGUGAAGUUUUUCCCUCCUGACCAUGCGCAGCUGCUGGAGGAGCUGACGAGGUACCUGUUUGCCCUCCAGGUCAAGCAGGAUCUCUCCAGUGGACGUAUGAUGUGCAACGACACCAGCGCGGCUCUGAUGGUCUCCCACAUCAUCCAGUCUGAGAUUGGGGACUUUGACGAGAGCCACUGCCGCUCACACCUGCUAAACAACAACUACAUUCCAGAUCAGAUGCCCCUGAUCGACAAAAUCAUGGAGUUUCACUCAAAGCAUAUAGGUCAGUCACCAGCAGAGUCAGAUUUUCAGUUGUUGGAGGUUGCUCGCAAGCUGGAUUUUUACGGGACUCGGCUGCACCCUGCCAAGGAUCGGGAAGGUUCGAAGUUAAGUCUGGCUGUGGCGCACACGGGCGUUUUGGUCUUCCAGACACACACAAGGAUCAACGCCUUCAACUGGUCCAAAAUACGCAAGUUGAGCUUCAAGCGAAAACGUUUUCUCAUCAAGCUAAGGCCAGAUCUAAACAGCUCCUGUCAGGACACUCUGGAGUUUUUGAUGGCCAGCAGGGAUUGCUGUAAAGUCUUCUGGAAGAUCUGUGUGGAAUAUCACGCCUUCUUCCGCCUCUUUGAAGAACCUAAACCCAAACCCAAGCCUAUGCUCUUCACCCGAGGAUCUUCCUUCAGAUUUAGCGGUCGCACACAGAAGCAGGUGAUUGAUUAUGUGAGGGAAUCAGAGUUCAAGAAGAUCCCGUUUGAAAGGAAACACAGCCGGGUCAGAUACAGCAGUAGAGUUCAACACAACAGUCGCCUGUCGCCGCUGCCUUCUCCUCGCCACCAUGAAGUGCCAUCAGAAAGUGGUGUUCCUGAGGACUUCUCCUCUUCUUCUCCUCCUCGGCGUCACUGGAAGGAGUCGGUGCUUGUCAGUGCCGAAGACCCAGCAGCUUCACGAACUUCAAAGAUGAGCCCAAACCAUCAAAGAAACGGCCACGAAGACAGAAAGGAGUCCGUUUCCAAGCCUGAGGAAUCAAGAGGGUCAACACGACAGAUGUCCCCAGAACAUCCGAGCAAAGGUGUGGCUCCCCACAGCCCUCCGCCGUCCGGACACCCCCAUGGGAUGGUGAACGGUCAGAAGUCCCUGGAGUUGUGCAGCAACAGUCUCGACGGCCGUCAGCCUUCGCCUCUGACCAGCCCGCUACUCAACGACGCCUGCAGCAUUCGCACUGAUGAUGAAGAUGAGGUCCGGAGAAAGAGAUUUCCCACUGAUCGAGCCUAUUUCAUCGCCAAAGAGCUGCUGACCACAGAGAGGACAUAUCUGAAGGACCUGGAGGUGGUGACUGUGUCUUUCCAGAGUGUUGUGGAACAAGACGAGGCGACCCCUGACUCCCUGAAGAACACCAUUCUCUCCACCUUUGAGCCGCUCCACAAGUUUCACACUGGUUUCCUCAGGGAGGUGGAGCAGAGGCUGGCUAUGUGGGAAGGACGUUCCAAUGCACACAUUAAAGGAGACUACCAGCGCAUUGGAGAUGUGAUGCUGAAAAACCUUCAAGCUUUGAAGCCUCUGACCACAAACAUGCACAAACACUCUGACAUCCUCCUUGAGCUGGAGAAGGCGUGCAAAGCGUCCCGUAGGAUGGAAAAUUUAUGCAGAGACUUUGAGCUGCAAAAAGUGUGCUACAUCCCCCUGAAUGUCUUCGUCCUGCGACCUCUCCACCGCCUCAUUCACUACAAGCAGAUCCUGGAGCGCCUGUGCAAACACUACCCAGCCACUCAUGAGGACUUCAGGGACUGCAGAGCUGCUCUGGCAGAUGUUUCUGAGGUGGUGGACCAGCUCCAGGGGAGUCUACUCAAGAUGGAGAACCUCCAGAAGCUCCUGGAGCUACAGAAGGAUUUGCUCGGUGUUGACAAUCUUGUGGUUUCUGGUCGUGAGUUCAUCAGGUUAGGCUGCCUUAGCAAACUGUCCGGAAAAGGCCUUCAGCAGCGAAUGUUUUUUCUGUUUAAUGACGUCAUUUUGUACACGAGUCGAGGGAUGACACCGACCAAUCAGUUCAAAGUGCACGGGCAGCUGCCUCUCCGUGACAUGACAAUCAGAGAGAGCGAGGAAGAGUGGGGUGUGCCUCACGCCUUCACCCUGGUUGGACAGGGACAGUCGGUGGUGGUAGCAGCAAGUUCGCUGACAGAGAUGGAGAAGUGGAUGCAGGACAUCAAGAUGGCGAUAGAGAUGGCAAAAACCAGCAAUGGUCCCACAUCGGCUGCGCUGACCUGCACGCUGACUGAUAACAAAUGCCCGGAGGACUCCACGGCGGAGGCAGAGUCCGAGGACGACACAACAGCUUUGCAUACGUCGCUGGAGAAGCCCACACCUCACCGUGGCAACACCAUGGUGCACGUGUGCUGGCACAGGAACACCAGUGUGUCCAUGGUGGACUUUAGCGUAGCUGUGGAGAAUCAGCUAUCGGGAAACCUGCUGAGAAAAUUCAAGAAUAGCAACGGGUGGCAGAAGCUGUGGGUGGUCUUCACCAACUUCAGUCUGUUUUUCUACAAAUCUCACCAGGAUGAUUAUCCUUUGGCCAGCCUCCCUCUGCUGGGAUACUCAGUCACUGUUCCCACUGAAAAUGAAAACAUUCACAAGGACUACGUCUUCAAGCUACAUUUUAAGUCUCAUGUGUACUACUUCAGAUCGGAAAGUGAAUACACUUUUGAGAGGUGGAUGGAGGUCAUUCGCAGCGCUACAGUCUCCUCCAGCCAGGCCCGCCUCCUGAACAGCAAAGAUCCCCACCCUCACUGAUUCAAUCGGAGUUGUUUUUCCCCGUAUCACAUAUGGGUGGCAUCUGCCCGUCUCGUCCUGCCCUGUCCCUCAGCGACACUUUGCUUUCCUUCUCUACACAUCUGGGACAUUUAUACAUGUGUACAUGCACACUUUGUGCUCUUUAUUUUUGAAUGCUUUAAAUGGUGACACGUCCGCUGGUUUAGACUGCAUCAGAGACUGCGUUUUUAUUCUCCAACUCUAAAACCUCUUUUUAUGGAUGUCGUUUUAUACAGCUUUUCUAACAGUCUGAAUCACUUUCCAGACUCUGGUUUUACAUUUUGUCAUUUUUGCAGCAGGAACACAUGAUGUAGACUCUUUCUUAGGCAGUAAAACUUCUUUAAGCAUUGUCAGUUUUGUUUUGAGCUUGAAAGUUUUGAGCUGCAUUGUCAGUGCCAAAUUGGUUUAUAGCAAAGUCAGGGACUUUUUAAGGAGUAGGAUGGUCCCCCUGUCUGCUCAUAAGAAACAGACCACCCUUUAACUGUGUAAGCUCUGCUCCCAGCUGGCCCAGCAAAACAUUGUUGCUGAAGAAACAGAUGAAAGCAUAAAAUUAUUUUACUACCAGUGGUAGCUGCCAUCAUCACAAAUGCUGUCUUAAAUAAAGUAAUUCUUCUACUUGCUGAUCUUCAUUCUAUGGAAACGGAGUAUUUUUUAAACCCUGAAAUUAUUCAACUGGAUGGGACAUAACGAUAUCUGUUCAUAAUUGCUACAUUUUGAGGGAAUGUGGAACUGAAGGCUUUAAGGAUUGUGUGGGGGUGUGCGUGUAGGCGUGUACGUAUGCGUGUGAAAGAGAAACAAAUUAAAAACUUUCAGAUCAAAACCAUUCGUCAUCCUGACUCCUACAUACAGGUCUUUUUAUGGUCCUGAAUGAGUGCAGAUAUGCAAUUAAGUGUUAUGAAAUGGAAAAAUUAUGAUUCUGCUUGGAAGUUUCUUUUUUUGUUUUUUGUGUAUGCUUUUGGUUUUUGAGACAAGAAGGUUUUUGGAAAUUAAAGCAAUAAAAACUUAA